UCAGGGACGUAGUGCCGUCAAGUGCUGAUCCAUUGGCUUUAUACUAAAGAAGUCAACGAGGACGCGGGUCCCCGUUGCUUCUUCUACUGGAUGGGUUGUGGCAGUUGGUGAAGUUGUCCAUGUGCGAUAGAUUGAUUUGGGUCUAGGCCGUCAGGGGUGGGGCCGUCAGGGGUGGCCUUCGCUUCCAAGUCAACUGGAUAUUCUGCACACCUUCUUAUAAGAUUAUGUAGCCAAGGAUUUACCGCUAUUUGAAGAGUCUACCUAUCCAGAUUUUAAUGACCUCUUCAAAGUUAACUUCUUGUGUAUCAACAUUCAAGGUGCUUUCACCAUUCGAUUACGAUGAGAGGAAGCUGACUACAUCUUUGGGUAGCAACGGGACCUCAAACUGAGGUACUGCUAGAACAUCAUGGGGGACCCCAAUACAGUAGCGUUGUACUACGUGGGGUGCGGUGAGGUGUGUAGUUCACUACCCGGCAGGCACAUCGAGGGCCUCAUUCAUCUACUACUCCUUCGGCACCUCAGAGACGAGAUACAAUCCUCAGAUGGUAUUGAAGCAUUUUCUCCGACCAGACCCCUCGGUGAGGCUAUCGGGAGGCGGGUGGACUUCCUCCAGAGCGGGGACUUCAGCGGCCUGCGAGCCGUCGACCAUGAGACAGGGGUGCUGUUCCUGGGGUCGAAGUGGUAUGCUGUCGGUCAGUGCUCUGCUAGCACCACGCUAAGGCAGUGGUUCUCUAUCACGGUGGGCUACACGGAUGAUAAAGAGUGGACUUGCUAUGUCUUCAGUGCUCCUUCCAGGCGACAGAGUGUAGUAACGUCCGUACUAGGUCUUCCCUGCGCUACCUGCCACUGCGUUGAGAUCACGUACUUCGACCCACCGCGAAACCUUUAA